AUGCUCCCGACUCAACCAGAUGACGACUGCGGUGACUGCAUCCCAGCCUACCUGAACCAUUCCGCAUCCUUUGGAACGAAGGCCUUGUCAACCACUCCCUUUAUCGCUACCUUUGCCCUCCUCACUGUCCUCGCAUAUCGCAAAGUCUUUCCUCUCCUCUCAGUUCAGUACUCUUCUUCUCAUGAUACUGCGAAAUCGCUCCCUCGACCGGCCACGUCAGGUCCUGAGCCGGCUACUCAGCAGGUCGCAAGGAGAAUCGCGGCCUUGACAUUUUCUUCCACCAUUGCUCUAUCUGCCGUCCUGACUGAGUUACUACUCUGCGAGAUCUCCAAUUCGUUUAAUCCCACCGCCCGGAGCAUUGCCCUGCAGAUUACCGUUGCCGGUCUUUUGGGCCUGCUCGUGGUAGCGAUUCCGCUUCUGGGUAUCUCCUCUGCUGUCUCAAAAUCUGGCUACAAGUUUCACGGGGCACAAAAGGGUCGGCUUCGUUUGGCUUGGGUCCUAGAGUUGGCUGGCUACGCAGCCUUUCUUUUUGGCUUCUGGGCAAUCGGUACCAUCCUUCCAGAAAGUACCACUAUCGCGGAGAGUAUUAAGGAUCAGAGCAGCCUCUUCCAGGCAUGUCUGGAUAGACUGGGCAUUACAGGGGUGUCGUUGAUGGCAUUGCUGUCUGGUUUCGCAUCGGUUAGUGCGAUUUGGCAAACGUUUGGGCCCAAACCUCGCCUGGUUACCGAAGCAGAAAUCACACGAAAACAAGCUGGGUUGGACGCGACAAUCGACAUGAUCGCAGAGAAGAAAGAGAAGUUGGGGCAUUUAGGGAGAAAGAAUGCGGAGAUACCGAACCAGGGUUUCUGGGGGCGAACAGUCGGCUCUUUUCGUGGUAAUGCAGAUAGUCAAGAGAAGCAAACACUUGAGAUGGAAAUGAAUGGCCUUGAGACUAUGGCCUCAUCACUCGAAUCUUCUCUGAAUAUUCUAAGAGUUCGAAGGGGCGAUCAGCUGCGUGCGACCACGAAGAUGGGGAGACUAUCGUUGGGCUUGUCGACUAUAUUUGCAUGCUACUGCGUCUAUCGUAUAUGCAUGACAACUUUCAACGUCACGCGAAGGAUCUUCUCAAGAGGUCCAAGCACAUCAUCUGAUACUGACCCUGUCACCUACACCAUUGCACUAUUCGCACGACACAUCUAUCCAUCACUGGACCAAGAGUCAUGGGCUCAGCAGAUAUCCUUUCUCCUUUCAGGCGCCAUGCUCCUCGCCUCUUUCUCUGCCGUCACGCAAACAUUCCACUUGUUUUCGCGGUUCAUGCCCUCUGCACUCCACGCGACCAAGACCAACUUCGCACUUCUCAUCAGCCAGAUCAGUGGCAUGUAUGUCAUCAGUUCUGCGCUCAUGCUGCGCGGUAUGAUGCCCAAGGAAGUGGGGAGUGUCAUCAACAGCGCUCUCGGGGCGGGGUUGCUGGAACCUGCGUGGGUUCAACGCUGGUUCGAGGGUUUUUUCAUCCUCGCUGUUGUGGCCACCGCAGCCGGCAUCUUCCUCGGCCGCCAGAUAUCGGGCGCUACUUCCUGGGACGACGAUACUGGCUGGGAUUUGGGCCUUGAGAUGGGAAAACGCUCGUGA